AUGGGCGGUAAAGGCAAUUCAGAGCCCAAGCCUCCUGUGACCAAUCAACAGGACAUGCGGUUAGAUCCAAUUAAAAUUCCAGUCUUUGAUGGUGAUCCGGGGAAUUGGUUGUCUUUCAAAGACCUGUUUGAAUCACUGGUCCACAACCGCACUGACUUAGAUUCCAGCUACAAGCUGAGUAAAUUGCGUCAACAUGUCAAUGUAGAUAACGUGCCAUUGGUUGGGGGCCUAUACACCGGUGGCUACGAGGACAUGUGGAAGGAAAUGAAACGUAGGUAUGACAAUAAGCGUUUGUUAGUUGAGUCGCAGGUUAACCGCCUCCUGGAUUUGCCGAAUCACCCAGCGGAAUCGCAGAAGACCCUUCUUCGAGUUGUCGACACCGUACAAAAUGCUAUGCGAGCGCUAGCUGUAAUGGAUCUUCCAGUAACUCAAUGGCAAUGA